AUGACUACAACACAAUCCGACGGCGCAUAUCUCGCCCUGCCUGGUGCGUCCGCGCUGUCAAAAUUUCGCCGCGACAGGCUCAUUUCACAAAUCGGUGCCAAGGAUCUGCAGGCGAUAUGGGUGCACUAUAUCUCCUCUCACAGGACUCUGACAAAUGAAGAGCACCAAGUUUUGCAGCAGUUGCUCGAGUACGACAGCUAUCCAGAGCAAGGAGAGCUGUAUGAUGCACUUCAAGGAGCGGUCAAUCACGGCAAGUCACCCGCCGAUGCCAACAUCAAGCUCUUUUACGUGAGUCCAAGAGCAGGCACUAUCUCGCCAUGGAGCUCGAAAGCAACAAACAUCGCUCACGUCUGCGGUAUUGAAACCGCUGUCAAGAGAGUGGAACGUGGCAUUCUCUAUGCUGCCAAAUUCGAGCAGGCUCCGGAGGAUGGCUCUAUUCCCAGCCCAGACUCAUUGCACGAUCGCAUGACUGACAACCUCGCAACGCAUCCACCCGACCUCGACGCGAUGUUUGCUCAAGCUGCUCCUGCUCCGCUGACAAGGGUCGACUUGUUGCACAAUUCCGCAGGGCCCGAGGCUGCACUCCGCGAGGCCAACAAGACGCUCGGCCUUGCUCUAGAUGAGUCUGAGAUCAACUAUCUGAUCGAUGCCUACACCAAGGACUUGCAGCGAAAUCCAACAGACGUCGAGUUGUUCAUGUUUGCUCAGGUGAACUCCGAGCAUUGUCGGCAUAAGCAAUUCAAUGCUCAAUGGACUAUCGAUGGCAAGGUCAUGGACCACAGUCUGUUCCAGAUGAUCCGCAACACCCACAGAGUCAACCCAGAUUUCGUCCUGUCGGCAUAUAGCGACAACGCUGCUGUCAUGCAAGGAUAUCCGGGCAGUCAAUGGGCCCCGGAUCAGCUGACCGGAGAGUGGAAGCAGACCAAAGAAGAUGUCCAUUACCUGGGCAAAGUGGAGACUCACAACCAUCCGACAGCUGUGUCUCCCUACCCGGGAGCUGCUACUGGCUCUGGAGGCGAAAUCAGAGACGAGGGCGCAGUCGGUAGAGGCUCGAAGCCAAAGACUGGUCUGACCGGCUUCAGCGUUUCAGAUUUGCACAUUCCUGGUCAUGGGCAGCCAUGGGAGCUUGACAUCGGCAAGCCAGGACAUUUAGCAAGCAGUCUCGAUAUUAUGCUCGAGGCUCCCAUUGGAAGUGCAGCUUUCAACAAUGAGUUCGGCCGGCCGAGCACGACUGGAUACUUCCGUACUCUGUCUAUGAAGGUGCCUGUGGACGAGAACACAACCGAGGUGCGCGGUUAUCAUAAGCCUAUUAUGAUCGCAGGUGGUGUCGGAACAGUGCGACCAGGAAACGAGAUCAAGAGGAAAGAAGAUGUCAGCCCUGGUGCACAUAUGGUCGUACUUGGUGGCCCGGCCAUGCUCAUCGGACUUGGUGGUGGUGCGGCCUCCAGCAUACAGUCCGGAGAAGGCAGCGUUGAUCUGGAUUUUGCAAGUGUGCAGCGUGGAAAUGCUGAAGUGGAGAGGCGAGCUCAAGAAGUCAUCAACACAUGUGCCUCGCUCGGAUCGGAGAGCCCAAUCCAAUUCAUUCACGAUGUCGGUGCUGGUGGCUUGUCCAACGCGCUGCCAGAGCUGGCCCAUGACUCCGGCUAUGGUGCUAAAUUCGAGUUGAGAGAAGUUGACAACGCCGACCCGAGUUUGAGCCCUCUGCAGAUCUGGUGCUGCGAAGCCCAAGAACGAUAUGUCAUGGCCAUCGCACCUAACAAACUUGAGGCAUUCAGAAAGAUCUGCAAGCGCGAACGAUGCGGAUACUCUGUGGUCGGACAAGCUACCAAAGAGCAACGACUGAUCUUGAUGGAUCGAGACUCCAAAGAGGAGCCUCUACCUAUCGAUCUGCCAAUGUCGACACUGUUCGGAAAGCCGCCCAAGAUGUCGAGGGUUGUCGACUCACGCAAGCUCAAACUCCCUGCGUUCGACAGCAGUCUCUCAUCGUAUAUUCCUACAUCGCCAACAAAGGCGCAAGAUGUCCUGCCAUAUGCUGUCGACCGCGUCUUGGCACUACCAUCUGUUGGGUCAAAAUCCUUCCUCAUCACGAUUGGAGAUCGAACAGUUGGUGGAUUGACUGUUCGGGACCAGAUGGUUGGGCCGUGGCAAACACCAGUUGCUGAUGUGUCUGUCACAGCAACAUCUCUCACCCCAGGCAUCACCACUGGUGAGGCCAUGGCCAUGGGCGAGAAGCCUACUCUUGCAUUGAUCUCGGCGGCCGCAUCUGCACGCAUGGCAGUGGCAGAGUCUCUGCUCAACAUCGCAGCUGCAAGCAUCCCCAACAGACUGAAGCGCAUUCGCCUUUCAGCCAACUGGAUGGCAGCUAGUAGUCAUCCAGGUGAAGGCGCUGCCUUGUACGAGGCUGUUGAGGCUAUUGGUAUGGAGCUGUGCCCUGAGCUCGGUAUCAGCAUCCCUGUCGGCAAGGACUCCAUGUCGAUGAAGACGAAGUGGGAGGACAAAGAAGUUACUGCACCACUUUCGCUGGUGGUCACGGCCUUUGCGCCAGUGAACGACCUGAGCAGCACAUGGACCCCAACACUGGCACGCUACGAAGACGUUGGCGAGACUCUUCUGAUGUUUGUCGACCUGGCUGGGGGCAAGAAGGCACUUGGUGGCUCCGCUCUUGCACAGGUCUUUGGUCAAAUUGGCAACACUGCUCCAGAUGUUCACGAUGUGGACUAUAUCAAGGACUUCUACCAUGCCGUCGAGCAACUGCACGAGACCGACAUCGUGCUUGCCUACCACGAUCGCUCAGAUGGUGGUCUGUUCACAACGCUUGCGGAAAUGAUGUUCGCGGGCCGCUGCGGUUUGGAUCUCAUGCUCGACCGCAUCGUCAAAUCGGGAAGGCCGCAAGAUGUAAUCGAGACACUCUUCAACGAGGAAUUGGGCGCGGUAUUCCAGAUCCGCAAGAAGGAUGAGAGUCAGUUCCGUGGCGUGUUCGCGCCCAUGACACCCAUCACCAUUGCCUCUGUCCCCAAGUCUUCCCGACAAGAGCUCGCCAUCCACUACGGAGCAGAUUGCAUUUAUCGAGCUUCAAGAUCAGAGCUACAACAGAAGUGGCACCACACUUCUUGGGCGAUGCAGCGCCUGCGUGACAACCCAGACUGUGCCGACGCCGAAAAGACCAACAUUGACGACAACAAGAAUCCCGGCCUGAAGUACAAGCUCACCUUCAAGCCCGAAGAGAACAUCCUGCCUUGGUCCACAUCCAUCGCAGCGACCAUCAAACAGAAACCCCGCGUCGCCAUUCUCCGUGAGCAAGGCGUCAACGGCCAAGCAGAAAUGGCCUUCGCCUUCUCCGUCGCAGGUUUCAGCCCCAUCGACGUACACAUGACCGACAUCCUCACCGGUCGCUUCUCCCUCGCCUCAUGCGUCGGCCUCGCUGCCUGCGGUGGUUUCAGCUACGGCGACGUCCUCGGUGCCGGCCAAGGCUGGGCGAAAUCCGUUCUCCUCCACGAAGGUACACGCGCCGAAUUCAAGAACUUCUUCGAGCGCAAAGAUACUUUCGCCUUGGGAGUCUGCAAUGGCUGUCAAUUCCUCUCUCGCUUGACAGAACUUAUCCCCGGCGCGGAGAAUUGGCCAACGUUCGAACGGAAUGUGAGCGAACAGUAUGAAGCUCGUGUUUGUAUGGUGCAAGUCACGGAGAAAGCGGACAAUUACAAGGAUCCUUCUGUUUUCCUUCACGGCAUGGAUGGUUCGUACUUGCCUAUUGUGACUGCACAUGGUGAAGGUCGCGCUUCGUUCCCGCAAUCGGGAGAGUCUUCUGCGCAGAAUUUGAUUGAUCAGGGACUCGUUUCGAUGCGGUAUGUGGACAACUAUCUGCGACCAACGGAGGCUUACCCAUACAACCCGAACGGAUCUCCAUUGGGAAUCACAGGCGUCAGAACACCGGACGGUAGGGUCUUGGCUUUGAUGCCGCAUCCAGAGAGAACGAUUCUGAAGGAAGUGGCGAGCUACUUGCCACGAGAGGAGAAGAAGGAAUGGGGAGAUUUUGGUCCUUGGACGAGAAUGUUCAAGAGUGCCAGACGCUGGGUGGGAUAA